CUUUUUAUCUUUCUUUUUUCCUCUUAAGCAUUUCCAGUUCCCUAUAUAAGUACAUUGGCGCCCACCUUUUACAAACACACAGAGGUUGCUUUGUGUUUUUUGAAAAAAAAACCCUUUUCAUCGUUUGUUUUCCUGCUGAAAUGGCUUCUCGACCAGUUCUUAAGCGAUCCGAAACAAUUGCAGAAAGCAUGCCUGAUGCUUUAAGGCAGAGCCGGUAUCACAUGAAGAAAUGUUUUUCCAGGUUUCUUGCACCUGGGAAAAGGCUGAUGAAACGCCAACAUAUAAUGGAUGAAGUUCAUGAAUCAAUACAAGAUACGAAUGAAAGGCAAAAGGUCUUGGGAGGCUUCCUUGGUUACAUCCUAAUUUCCACUCAGGAGGCAGCUGUUAUUCCACCUUUUGUUGCAUUUGCUGUAAGACCGAAUCCCGGUUUCUGGGAAUAUGUUAAGGUGAAUGCUGAAGAUUUGAGCGUAGAUGGUAUCUCCGUUUCAGAAUAUUUGCGGUUUAAGGAGAUGAUCUUAGAUGAAAAAUGGGCGAACAACGAAAAUGCUUUGGAAGUGGAUUUUGGAGCUAUGGAUUUCUCUACCCCUCGCCUAACUCUUUCUUCUUCUAUUGGGAACGGAGUCAACUACAUGUCAAAGUUCAUGUCAUUGAAGCUCAGUGGGAGCUCUGAAGCUGCAAAACCUCUGCUCGACUACUUGUCAGCGCUCAACCAUCAAGGAGAGAAUCUUAUGAUCAAUCAAACUCUAGACACAGUUGCCAAGCUUCAAGAAGCAUUGAUUGUAGCUGAAGUGGUUGUGUCUGCAUUUCCGAAAGACACCCCGCAUCAGGAUUUCCAGCAGAGACUGAGAGAGUUGGGCUUUGAGACGGGAUGGGGAGACACUGCAGAAAGAGUAAAAGAGACAAUGAGGUUGCUUUCUGAAUCACUUCAAGCUCCAGACGCAAUGAAACUGCAAUUGCUCUUUAGCAGGAUUCCUAACAUGUUCAACAUUGUCAUCUUCUCUCCACACGGCUACUUUGGCCAGUCAGAUGUUCUGGGAUUGCCAGAUACUGGUGGGCAGGUUGUUUACAUUCUUGAUCAAGUAAGAGCCUUAGAGGAAGAACUCCUACUUAAGAUAAAGCAUCAAGGCCUUGGUGUGAAGCCUCGAAUUCUUGUGGUAACCCGACUUAUACCAAAUGCUGGAGGGACAAAGUGCAACCAGGAGGUAGAGCCUAUUUUCGGUACAAAGCACUCCCACAUUGUUAGGGUCCCCUUCAAGACAGAGAAGGGGGUUCUCCCUCAGUGGGUUUCGCGUUUUGAAGUGUACCCUUACCUUGAGAGAUUUGCUCAGGAUGCUGCUGACAAGGUCCUUGAACACAUGGACAGUAAACCUGAUCUCCUCAUUGGGAACUAUAGUGAUGGGAACUUGGUGGCAUCUCUAAUGGCUCGGAAACUCGGCAUAACUCUGGGGACUAUUGCUCAUGCUUUGGAGAAAACUAAGUACGAAGAUUCUGAUGCCAAAUGGAAGGAAUUGGAUGCCAAGUACCACUUUUCCUGUCAAUUCACAGCAGACAUGAUCGCGAUGAAUACUGCUGAUUUUAUCAUAACCAGUACAUACCAGGAAAUUGCAGGAAGUGAGGACAGGCCAGGGCAGUAUGAAAGCCAUACGGCGUUUACCAUGCCAGGACUUUGCCGUGUUGUGUCAGGCAUCAAUGUCUUUGACCCAAAGUUCAACAUUGCUUCCCCUGGGGCUGACCAAUCUGUCUACUUCCCCUACACCGAGAAACAGAAGCGGCUAACCUCUUUUCAUCCUGCCAUUGAAGAACUGCUCUAUCGCAACGAGGAUAACCAUGAGCAUAUUGGAUAUCUAGCUGACAGGAAGAAACCAAUUAUCUUCUCCAUGGCAAGACUGGAUACAGUGAAAAACAUUACGGGGCUGACAGAGUGGUUCGGGAAGAAUACAAAGCUAAGAAACUUGGUGAAUCUCGUUGUUGUAGCAGGAUUCUUUGAUCCAUCCAAAUCAAAUGAUAGAGAAGAAAUUGCGGAGAUCAAGAAGAUGCAUGCCUUGAUAGAGAAAUACCAGCUUAAGGGCCAGUUCAGAUGGAUAGCAGCUCAAACUGACAGAUACCGAAACGGGGAGCUCUACCGCUGCAUUGCAGAUACAAAGGGAGCUUUUGUUCAGCCAGCACUUUAUGAGGCUUUUGGCCUGACAGUUAUUGAGGCAAUGAACUGUGGAUUGCCUACCUUUGCCACCAAUCAAGGUGGCCCAGCGGAAAUUAUUGUCGAUGGGAUCUCAGGAUUCCACAUCGAUCCCAACAACGGAGACGAGUCUGGCAAUAAGAUAGCUGAUUUCUUCGAGAAGUGCAAGACAGAUGCUGAAUAUUGGAACAAGAUGUCAGCAGCUGGUCUCCAACGCAUCUAUGAAUGCUAUACAUGGAAGAUUUAUGCAAACAAAGUGUUGAACAUGGGAUCUGUUUAUGGAUUUUGGAGGCAGACGAACAAGGAACAGAAGCUUGCGAAGCAAAGAUAUAUCGAAGCCUUUUACAAUCUCCAAUUCAACAAUUUGGCAAAGAAUGUUCCAAUCCCAGAAUUUGCAUCAUCCACACAGACUUCACCAACUGCUGUACUUGAAUCUCAGCAUUCACUUCCAACCCAGGAAGCCACACCCAAAGUAGAGGAGGCCCCAUUCCUAAUGCCUAAAACUCACCUAACACAAAGAAGGACACAACCCCAGCAGCCUCAAAGCCAAAGGAAUGGCGAAGAAAGCGUAGGGCAAAAGGACCUUGCACAACCAGAAAGCAGCAGACAAAGUAGCCGGAGAUGGUUGUUAUACAUGAUCGCUUGCCUUUUUAUAGUAUAUUUCAUCGGGAGCACAUUGUAUAGCUAUCUCACAUGAGUUAAGUUAAUGCAAGUAGUACCAAUAAAGAGGGCAAAUUACUCACAAAGUAAAAAAAAAAACUUUACAUGCAUCGUAACUAAUAAAAUAAAAGACUUUGUUCUUU